UCAUCAGAACAGCGUCUCCUUCCCCGUGCCCUAGUGCUCUAAUCCCUCCGGUUUCCCUUCGAUUCUUUCUCUUAAAUCGCUUCUCAUUAUCCCAAAUCUUUUGAUUUGCGUUGAAAUUCAAGCAAACACGCUGGAUUCGAUUAUGAAAGUGAGAAAGAGGAGGAGAGAUUCGGAGCCGGGGUUCGCCGGUGGCCUCCUCCGAGGAGCUUCAAGAAUUUGAGCUUCCCGGCGACUCAAAGGAGAUCGAUGGCUCCUUGGUGGCUGCCGGCGCUUACCAUCAAUCAGUCGAUGAAACAUCAAUGCCGGACUUUGCCGGUUUUGCAUCUAGUUGCGCGGAUACUGAGAAAUUUGGCUCCUUGGAAGUUGAUGGUGAUCCUAUGAUUGCUUUUGAUAUUAGUGCUUGUGAUGAGAAGAAAGAUGCUUCCUUGGAAGCUGGUUCUUCUCUUAUUAUUUGUUCUGAGAGUAAGGAGAAGAAAGGUGGGUCCUUGGAAAAUGAUGGAGGCUGUAUUGUUAAUGCUUUAGUUGCUGUUGAGAAGACUGGUGAGGAGAAUGGUUGUUUAGAAGCUGUUAAUGGUUCUAUAAAUGUCUCCGAGAGUGGACGGGAGAAGGAUGGUUCAUUGGUGGCUGAGAUUGAUGCAAUUUUUGCCAUUGAGAGCAAUGAGAAGAAGGAUGAUUCUUUUGUAGCCUUUGGUGAGCCCAUUGCUUCCAUUGAGAGCUCUGGAAUGAAUGCCGGUUCUUUUUUAGCUGAGAGUGGGACUAUGGUUUCUGUGGGGAUUACUGAGAGGGACAAUGCUUUGUUGGGGGUUUCUGGGGAUUUAAUAUUGGUCGAGGAUGCGGACAAAGCUUUAGUGGAGAAGGUUGGUGAUGACUCUGCUAUUGUUGCUCCGAAGAAGGCACCUGUUCCGAGAUCAUCAAGUUAUCAUGGUGUUACUAAACAUCGGUGGAGUGGGAAAUUUGAAGCUCAUUUGUGGGAUGGCACCAUCAACAUAGAAAGCCGGAGGCGUAAAGGAAAGCAAGUCUAUCUAGGAGGUUAUGACACUGAGGAAGAUGCAGCUAGAGCAUAUGACCUUGCUGCCCUUAAAUACUGGGGUCCAAACUCCAGUACCAAAUUAAAUUUUCCUAUAUCAGAAUAUGAGAAGGAACUCGAGGAAAUGACAAGCAUGUCCCAGGAUGAAUGGAUUCAAUGUCUUAGAAGGCGAAGUAGAAGUUUCUCAAGAGGAAUUUCUUCGUAUCGAGGAGUUACAAGAAGAGGAAAAGACGGGAAAUGGCAAGCUCGUCUAGGCUCAGUUGCAGGCACUAGAGCUAUUUUCCUCGGAGCUUUUGAUACGGAAGAAGAAGCUGCGAUAGCUUACGACAUCGGCCUCAUCAAACUACGGGGGUUGAAUGCGAUAACGAACUUCGACAUCAGUAACUACACUGAUCUAAUUGACAGGUGAUGCAUAGCUAUGUGUGACAUAACACUUCACAGCAGCUGAAGAUGGAAGCAUGAAUUUUGCACCCCCCUAUAACUUACUUGUUAAUGAAUUCAUUGUUUAUUUUGAUGAGAUAUGUGGCCAGUGGUGGCUGAAUUGGGGUUAACUUUUACAGCUAUGAGAUCUCCUUUGUUUUUAUCUUGAGUGAGAUCUCCCUUCUGUGUAUGUAACCUUAUUAAAGAGGCUGUUCUUUGGAGGUUACUUUGGGGGAGAUUGUUUAUUUUGA